GGCAGGUCUUGUCAUAAUUUGUUGUUGCAAAAGGGAAUAUAAUUGUGUUUUGGUGAGCUAGUAGGCGUGACAAAUAAGCUAACGUUAGUCUGUGCUAUCAAUCUCGCGCCGCCUUAAAGCUUUAACUUAAGUCAUGUAAACGAAAAAGUUAGAUUUUUCACUCACGUUUGCUUAUAUAUAUCUUACAUUCUCACCAGUUUACCUUGCAUUUGGUCGUAAAUUUAUAUCUUACUAGCAUGCUAAAGGUGUGUGUCUGUGCUUUUUACAAUUGGGAUACAAACACGCGCCAAAUUCGUUUCAGCAGUAACAGUGCACUCACUGUUCUUGAUGUGAUAUGCGUCGUCGAAUAGAGCUGUCGUUUGUGAAUAAACUAACAUAAUUCCAGUCAUGAGUAAAGAAAUCGUAGCUGUCAAGAAUGAGGAUCUUCCUGAUACUUUCCUGGAAGAAAACAGAAUAAAAGAAGAAGAGGAAAACAGCAUAAAAGAAGAAGAGGAGGAGGAGAGGAAAAAGAAGAAAAGGAAGAAGAGUCCAUCUGAUGAUGCAGAGCAGGAUGAAACACCUAAACCCAGAUACAAAUUGUUCGAACCAGAAAUUCUUGAAGGAAAACGGGAGAAGAAAAUCAUCCAGAGACUUGAUUUAAUGUGUAGACCGAAAGAAAAGCUGAAGAUUGAGAGUACAGGAAGAGGUGACAAACUGGGAGACAUUGCACGGAUUAAUCACUCCAUCGGAAAGCUUAAAGUCCCUCUGCUCAAACCUCUGCAUAACAUUGUAUAUGACCGACCGGGAACUGCAUCAGCUCUGCGAAAAAAUCUUCGGCUAUUUAAUGGAUUUCCUUUUGGGCCGGACAGUGAACUUUACAACAAAAAGGUGGAGAAAUUGAAAAAGCUUCAAAAGGGACUGCUCAAAACCAUGUGUCAGACUCUUGAUCUGGAGAGGAGUGGAACGCAAAUUGUUCUUUCUGAGAGGAUAAUGAGGUUUCUUUUACAGCCAACCAACUCGGGAAAGCCUGUUCUUAAGAAGAAAAAGAAGACGACCAAAGAUGCCAAAAGAGAAAAAUCUUCAUCCAAAAGUAAAAAGCCACAGAAAAAAGUAGAAAGUGGAAAGUCCAAACCCAUUGUCUCUGAUACCAGCAGUGAUGAUGAUGACGACGACGAUGAUGAUGAUGAAGAAGAAGAGAGUAAAGAGAACAGUAAGAGCACUGAGGAGUCAGGCACAGCAAGUCAAAGAAAUAAAGAUAGUGAAGAUAAAUCUUCUGAUGAAGUGACUGAUUUUCAUGCUCCUGUAGAAGACAGCGACGAGGAAGAAAAAUCUCCUCCUCAGAAGAAGAAAUCUUCCACUAUGAAGUCCACAAAGAAAUCUGACCAAAAGUCAGAUGAGACUACAUCAGAUGACAGUGACCGAGACGUUCAUGAAGACAAGACUGUAAAAAAGAAAUCUCCUCAGAAGAAGAAAUCUUCCACCAUGAAGUCCACAAAGAAAUCUGACAAGAAGUCAGAUCAGACUACAUCAGAUGACAGUGACCAAGACUUUCAUGAAGACAAGACUGUAAAAAAGAAAUCUCCUCAGAAAAAGAAAUCUUCCACCAUGAAGUCCACAAAGAAAUCUGACCAAGAGUCAGAUCAGACUACAUCAGAUGACAGUGACCAAGAUGUUCAUGAAGACAAGACUGUAAAAAAGACAAUCAAGAAGCCUGCAGCAAAGAGAAAAGCUCCGGCAAAGAGAAAAGCUCCAGCAAAGCCUGUCCCUAAAUCCAAGAAAGCUGACAGCAGCAGCAACCAAAGGAAAAAGAUGGCAAGCAAGAUCAAGGAUGAAAGUGAAAGCUCUGAUGAUGAUCAGCCAUUGAUCAAGAUGCUUAAAAAACCACCAACUGAUGACCAGUUGAAGGAGGCGAUCCAGGAUCUCCUGAAAGAUGCAAACUUGGAGGAAGUUACAAUGAAACAGAUUACCCGACAAGUUUAUGACAAGUAUCCAGAGUUUGAUCUGACCAGCAGAAAGGAAUUUAUCCGGACUACAGUUAAAAGUUUGAUAUCAUGAAGCGAAGAGAAGAAAAUGCCUUAUUUAAAAGGACAGCAAGGGUGAAGAUCGUAUACAAGACUUGAUUUUCAUCAUCACACUGUUCACAGUUGUGUAGUUUUUAUUUUUAUUUUAUACAAGGUUGCUCAACUUUCCAGCAAAUUCUGCUUUUUCAAAUUUUAAAAAGUAUUUUCUAAAGUUCACAUUUGACAGCGACUGAUUUAGAUGUUGUUUUUGAAAUAUACCACAUUUUUAAAACGUUUUUUCCCCCCCCACUUUUUUAAUGGCUCAUAGUCAUAGCAGCAUACAUCAGGGAUGGGCAACUUCGGUCCUGGAGGGCCACCCACUGUCCUACAGAGUUUAUUUCUUUCAGAGUUGGAGCUAAACUCUGUAUGUAGGACAGUAGGUGGCACUCCAGGACCGAAGUUGCCCUUCCCUGCUAUACAUAGUCACUAAAUUGCAUUUUGACGGUCUUAGAAAAGACUGGCUGUGGCCUGCAGUUACAUUACAGUUGAUGUUGCCAAGAUAUAGUACGCAAUAUUUAAAAAAGUAUCGCUGGGUUUUAUUUUUGAGAUCCUGAAUGCUGAUUUGCAAAAAUGUAACUUAUUUAGAAAUUCAUGUUUUGGUCUAUUUUAUUUUUUUCCCCCAGCAUGCAAUUUGACAGUGUCACCUUCCAUUUCAGUGUUGUGCUUAGAAUAAUUUGGGGUUUUAAUACUAAUUUGUAAAGAUUUUUUAAAAAUCUUUGUUUCAGUUUUUUUUUUUUUUUGUAAAUAUGCUUUGCAUGUUCAGUUUUCUUUCCUAUAUUUUUAAUACUAGCCAUAAGGAUCAAACAACUUAAAUCCGAUUAGGUUCUCUGAUAGGACAAGAGUUAAGUCUGUUUGAUCUGUAGAAGAGUUUGAUCUGUUGUAUACACUGACUUCAGUAACAGUUUUAUCAGUUAUCAUCCAUCAUAUUACUCUGUGUUAAUGGAUCGCAACACAGAAACGAAGAUGUUUAUUUUGUAAUAAAUUGAGUUUUCAUAGAAUAUAACCUGUCAGUUUCUUAAGACUAAGGUUCAGUUGCCACUUUGUGAUGGUGUUUCUAUACUUUCAUGUCACAGUUAAAAUUGUUUUAAUGUGUCACUCAAACUUUUUGACUUGGUCAUCCACUCUCCAACACAAUUGUUGACUUGGUCAUCCACUCUGCAACACAAUUGGAUAUAACUUUUUGACUUGUCAUCCACUCUCCAACAUAAUUGGAUGUAAUUAUGAUAAAGUUGCUUAUUUUUAAUUA